UGUUACUUCUCUCACAGCAAAAGCUAUCUCCUACACAGCUUCCCUCCCAGUGAAAGAUAGAAGACGGAGUACCGAUCUCCUACAACUGGAAGUACGGGUAUAUUAAAUCUGCACAAGGGAUCAAGGUUGACCUAGAGAAAAUCAAGGCCAUUGCGGAAUAGCCCAGCCAUGAACCCUUUCGAAGAUUACUCGAUAUGUUCAUGCUAUCUGCAGACAAGGAUGGAGCUUUUUUGAGCAUUCUCUUUCUCCGCUGCUUGUGAUGAUCCUGCUGGAGAAUCAGACCGAAAGCUGUUUAUAGUGAUUUCUUGGUGCCAUCCUCUACUCAGGCUAACAGAGAAAUCUCUAGUCAUGGUCAUGGCCUCUGCAGGUGCUAAUAAAUGUGGGACCAUGGGGAAAUUGGGUUGUCGAAAGGGGAAGAAGGGACAGCCAAUGGAUGGUGUUGUGAUGAAGCACUGCUCUGGUAUUUUGAAGAAGCUAAUGACCCAUCCAGCUGGCUGGGUGUUUAAUCAACCGGUCGAUCCAGUGAAGUUGAACAUUCCCGAUUAUUUCUCAAUCAUCUCCGAACCCAUGGACUUGGGUACAAUAAAAUCUAAGCUGGAAAAUAGGUUGUACUUGAAUGCCCAAGAGUUCGCUGCAGAUGUGAGAUUAACUUUCUCCAAUGCAAUGCGAUAUAAUCCUCCACAAAACGAAGUUCACAUCAUUGCGAAGGAACUAAAUGGUUUCUUUAAUUUGAGAUGGAAGUCUUUGGAGGCAACAUGGAGAGUGGAAGGCUCUAUAACAUUGGAACUGCCAGUUUUGAAGAAAACACAGAAGCAAACACUCAAUUCAAGACGAAGUGGUCAUAGAACAUCUCCUAACUGCUCAACUUCAUCUCCCAGAAAGUCGAUGACAUUCACAGAGAAGCACAUUCUGAGGAAAGACCUGGCGGAAUUGUUGGAUGGAAAUACACCACCUCACUUGCUUAAAUUUCUUCGGAGGUUUGGUUCUGUUGGUCAAAGCAGAGAUAGAAUCAAGGUGGACUUUGAUGCACUUGAUGAUGAGGCACUGUGGGAAUUGGACAGAAUCAUAAAAAGUUGUCCAGAAUCAAGAUCUGCUAAAUCCACAGAUGUAGAUAAUAGGUGUGCAUAUGGCUCUAAACAGGAAUUACUCAGAGGUAAAGGUGGAAGUAACAGUUAUCACAAUUCUAAAGAUUAUACACCUAUGAGCCCUGCUGCUGCCUGCAGAAAUGGCUCAUGUGACAGCAUGGAUUGUCGCUGCAGCCACCAUAAUGAUUUCACGCAAGCUUCAUCAAGUGGCAGAAAAGAUCGUGCAUGUCAUGCAUCUAACUUGGAUCGUCUAGCAUGUAAGAAUUCCACAGCCAGCACACAGUGGAGUAACGAUCCUGAUUCUGACUGUGGGAAAGGGUUUGGAGGUGGUUUUGUGGAAGAAAAUUUUCGACCUAGUCCUGGUUCUGCUAUGACAGGAACUAUGGAUCUUCAUUAUGAUGAGCAACUUUCACCCAGCAAGGCUCUCCGUGCUGCUAUGCUGAGGAGCCGUUUUGCUGAUACCAUCGUGAAAGCACAACAGAAGACACUCCUAAACAAUGGAGAGAAAGGAGAUGCACUUAAAAUGCAGCAGGAAAGAGAAAAAUUGGAAAAGAAGGAGCAGGAAGUAAAGGCAAGGAUGGAAGCACAAGUUAGAGCUGCUGAAGCUGCACGUAUGAGAGCGGAAGCCAGGUUAAAAAUGCAGCGGGAGAGAGAAAGAGAAGCAGCUCGCAUAGCACUGCAAAAGAUGGAAAAGACCGUUGAUAUAGAUGAGAACCAAGAGAUACUUAAAGAUCUCGAGAUGCUGGUGUAUUCUCAGCCGAAUCACCAUCAACCCAUGAUGGCCAUGGCCAUCGACGGUUGCUACUUGAACCCGUUGGAACGGUUAGGUCUGUUCAUGAAGAAUGAUGAUCUGGAAGAUGAGGCCGAUUGGAUCAGUGGGUCAUCGUAGCGAAGAGAGAGAGAGAGAGAGAGAGAGAGAGAGAGAGAGAGAUGUAUGUAAAAUUCGGUGUGUUUUGGGGGAUGAUUUUAUUUAUAGAGCUUGGCUAAGCCCACACGUUUAUGCAAUAAAGCUCACGUACAUGCUACACGUGCCAUCAUGGCAUGAUAAGUGUGAGAUCUAAUCCAUCAGUUAGAAUGGCACCACUAUAUUGAUACCCUGUCCCAAGAAUUGGGUUGAUCCAUUGGUCAGGUGGGCUGCAAUUUGCACAAAAAAUCUACGGCUCAGAAAAACCUGGUUGAGGCUUUCAAACUCAUCCACCUUUACUAAUACUGGGGUCCACAUGCUUAGUGGACCAGAUUUAUUUUUGGGAAAAAAAAAUGUAGAAGGUCAGACCAACCUGAUGGAUGGAAUUGGAUCUAGCACCCAUUUGCCAUGCUGGCACAUGUGGCGUGUGCAUGAGCUUUAUUGCACAGGCGUGUAAGCUUGUCAGAGCUUUCUAUUUUUCUCUUUUAUGAAUUUGUAUGGUAGGAACUGAAAUGCUCUCAUCCCACCCAUUUGACUGAUCCUCAUCUCACACAUAUUCACUUUGUUAAAUGUGUCAAAUCACUUUCUCAA